UUUGCUGAAGUGGCACCAUAUUUUCUCUUACCAACAAUUUUCUCUUAGUUAAUAAAACAACAAUAAAUAAAACCUUCAAACUCAAACCACUUCACACACCAAAAUUUCUAUCUUCCCUCCUUCUCUUUCUCUCUCUUUGAUCCAUCCAUCACUAUAUAAUAUCCCAUUUUUUUCAUAACAAUUAACUCAACAAAAGAGAUAAAAUUAAAGUUACUGAAAAAAAAAAGCAACACUUCAAGUUUCAACAACUUCUAUAUAUUCAUUUUUCACUCAUUUUGUUCUAAAAAGAUACAGUUUUUCAGAUCAUCAUACAGAAAUGUCAGAGGUUAAAGACCCUGCGAUAAAGCUAUUUGGAAGGACAAUUCCUCUUCCACUCAUCAUAUCUAAUGACUCUUCAUCUUCCUCUCCCUCUUCUUCUCCGCCACAAUUCAUCUCUGCAAUACAACAAGAAACUGAGGAAUCGUCGAGGAAAGAACUCGCCACGGCACAAGAUGAUGAUGCCUCGCAACAAACCGGGGAGGAUUUAAAAUCACUCGCAGCAUCGUCGGCCAUACUUGAGAAUUCUCCUAAGACUCCCUCAGGCGAAACCGAGAAUUCAUUACCGAAAGCUUCUACAAAUGGAGAACAAAGUGAGACUAGUGUUUCUGAAGAUAAAACUUUAAAGAAACCGGACAAGAUAAUCCCGUGUCCGCGAUGCAAUAGCAUGGACACCAAGUUCUGUUACUUCAACAAUUACAAUGUUAACCAGCCCCGACACUUUUGCAAGAAAUGUCAAAGAUACUGGACUGCAGGAGGAACAAUGAGAAACGUUCCUGUUGGUGCUGGUCGCCGGAAGAACAAGACCUCACCUUCCGCGCAUUAUAGACACCUGAUGAUUCCAGAGGGAGUUAAGGUUCAUUCCCCUAAUGGAUUACAUGGUUCUGUCCUGGCCUUCGAUUCAGAUUCGCCUCUUUGUAAUACCAUGACUUCUGUAUUGAAAAUUGGCGAGAGGGUGCCAAAUUGUGUACCUAAUGGUUUUCAUCAGGCAACUGGACCAAAUACUUUUGUUUCCUAUAGUGGAGAAGAUGAUCACUCGAUUGGAGUUUCUGUUGCAACUUCAAUUUCUUCCGAGAGGAAAUGUCACACCGACACAAAUGGAUCAAUGGAUAAAAGACUGGAAGGCUUCCCUCCUCGAUUGCAAUAUGUUCCAAGUCCCCUUUUGCCUUAUCCAUGGAAUUCUGGAAUUCCUCCUCCGACAUUUUGUCCACCAAACUAUCCAUUGGCAUUCUAUCCUCCACCGGCAUAUUGGGGUUGCGUGCCGCCUCCAUGGAAUAUACCAUGUAUCUCACCAAAUAGUCCUUCUGUUAACCAAACUGACUCUCCCCAAUAUUCACCUACUUUGGGAAAACACUCAAGGGACGGAAACAUCAUUACCUCAGUAAACUCGCCUGAUAAAGAACACAAUUGUACCGAAAGCAGCGUUUUGACCCCGAAAACACUUAGAUUCGACGACCCAAAUGAAGCUGCAAAGAGUUCCUUAUGGUCAAAGCUUGGGAUCAGUAAUGACAAAACCAAUUCUCUCAAUGGGGGAAGCAUGUUCAAUGCAUUUCAAUCCAAGGGAAAAGACACUAAUCACUCGGCCGAAGCGUCACCGCUGAUGUAUGCCAACCCUGCAGCUUUGUCGCGGUCUCGUACCUUCCAUGAAGGAACCUAAUUGCGAAUCACAUUGAAAUACUCAGAUUUUCAAUGUGUUGAUGCACUGUUAUGAGAAUUGCAGUUAAUAUCAGUGCAACCUCAUUCUGCUGACAAGGUCUCAACUUUUAUUAUUCUCAAAAGUAUAGUUUACCAACAGUGUUGUACUUUAGCAGUUUAGCCUCAGUAGCUGCUAUCUUGAGCCUGUGUAACUGAACAGGUGUUUCUGCUGCAGAUUUAGAUAAGGUGUUGAGAAAAUAUCUUCAUGUACAUAUAUAUCUAUAUAUAUAUAUAUGAGAGAGACAAGGAAAACAAGUUGAAAAGAGAAAAGAAAGGAGAUUCUUAGGCUAAAAUCCAAUUGUUUAGAAUAAAUUUGUUAAGCCUUCAUUGGAAAGCCUAUUGUUUUGUUGCCUCUUUUUGGGAGAUUCUCUACUACAAUAAUGUUAGUUUCAAAUGGAUUAUGUUAUUUAUAUGA